AUGGAAGACGAAAGGCAAUCAUUUCUAUCAAAACACCGAGCAAUCUCAGGCUACAUAGGGCACGAAGGACUUGAAUUGAAGAACUUCGAUGCAUGCCUCAAAUGGGUUUUCGUGGAUCAGUCCAAUGUAUGGAGGACUGGUAUUUCAUGGUCCAUCUUUUUCGUUUUAGCCAUUGGCGUGCCGCUUGUCUCACACUUUCUCCUCUCCUGCUCCGACUGCGAUGAAAAUCACAGCAGGCCUUACCAUGUAGUUUCUCAGUUAUCACUUUCUUUAUUCUCAGUGCUUGCGUUCAUCAGCCUCUCCUGCUGGACCCGCAAAUAUGGUUUGAGGAGGUUUCUCUUCCUCGACAAAUUAUAUGACGCAAGUGAGAAGGUUCGCCAUGGAUAUAAACAACAGUUUCAGAAUUCAACGAAGCUCCUCUGCAUGAUCGUGUUCCCCUGUUUUGCGGCAGAGUGUCUCUACAAGAUAUGGUGGUAUGUCUCGGGAGCAACCGAAUUACCGUAUUAUGGGAACAUCUAUUUAAGCGACACGAUUUUGUGUACGUUGGAGCUAUGUUCAUGGCUUUAUCGAACCACAAUUUUCUUCCUGGUGUGCGUUCUGUUCCGGCUUAUUUGCCAUCUUCAAAUACUGAGACUAGAAAAUUUUGCCCAAGUUUUUCAAAAGGAGACCGAGGUUGAGUUAAUCUUGAUGGAGCACCUCAAGAUCAGAAGGAACCUUCGGCUGAUGAGCCAUAGGUUUCGAGUAUUCAUCUUGCUCUCUCUAAUUAUGGUCACAGCAAGUCAGCUCAUUUCUCUGGUCAUGGUAACUAGGUCUAGUGCUCAUGUUAAUAUCUUCAAGGCUGGAGAUCUUGCGUUAUGUUCCAUUAGCCUAGUUAUCAGUCUUUUCAUUUGCCUGCGAAGUGCAACAAAAAUAACACACAAAGCACAGUCGAUAACGGGGCUUGCUGCAAAGUGGCAUGUCUGCGCCACAAUACAGUCUUUUGAUUACACAGAAAGUGAGACUCCAAUGGCUCCGAUUUCCUCAGCUCAAGUGUUUCCUUUUGGUGCUGAUACCGAAUCAGAAGAUGACGAAGCUGGAGAAGAUGACGAUUUGGACAACACCAGGCUGGUGCCAAUUUACACUCAAACAAUCUCAUUCCAGAAAAGACAAGCUCUAGUGAAAUAUCUGGAGAAUAAUAGAGCAGGGAUCACAGUGUUUGGGUUCACGGUGGAUAGAAUGUGGCUUCACUCUAUUUUUGCAAUUCAACUGGCCCUUCUGCUCUGGCUGCUCAACAAGACAAUUGGGUAGUUAACAUUGUAAGCACCGAGUAUAAUACCUAGCAAUGUGGA